UAAAAACUAAACGUGACAACGUCGCAGUUGUCGCCGGCCGGCGCCACCACCACCACACAUACGCGCGAUCGCAGCGCCACCGUGCGCCAAACCCGCCGAACCGCGUCAGAAAAGCAACAUGGCAGCCUCCGCGACAACGCUUGCGCUUCCUUUUUUUUUUGAAAAAAAAAACAAAAUUCGCCGUAAAUUUUCCAUAGAAAAAGUCAACGUUAAAGUCGGGCUUCGGUUACGUGUUUUGUUUCGUUUUUGUAGUGCACGUGUAGCUCUAUUUGGCUCUAUAUUAAAGGAGUAACCCCCCCUCUCGGGCCGGAUUCGACGAUGAUACAAAAUGGUGGAGCUACCGCGUGCUUUUUAAUGCGACGUCAGAACAUAACCUCAAAAAAUCAUAACAAUUUAUUUUAUUCCACAGAAGCCCUGCUCAAGACCGAUUUACUAGAAGACAUACCAAACAUUGCCGCACAAGCCCUAGAAAACUCAGAAAGAGUUCCCGCUCUAGAAGACGUCAUUGGAGAAUAUCUGAUUCCAUUGGUACUUAGAAAUAUAGGAUGCUCAGACGCCGGAGUGGACAAAACAGCUCAGACUACCCUGGUGCAUCUCAUACAGCGAGACUAUGUCACACAAACCCAGGCCGAAAUUAAAAUAUGCCCCUCGAUUUUGGCCCUUACGAAAACGGAAAGUCAGCAUCAACUAGAUGUCAACACUGGUGCUAUUAUGACCAAUCAUUUAGAACAACUUUACGCCACUAUAAGCCUGGACGAUUCCGUCAAUGUUGCUGCAGAAGAAAAGAAGAAAACUGAAGAGGCAGAGGUUUCGCCUGCUGCUGCUUCUGGUGAUACUAAGGGUGAUAAUUUAGAUAAUAAAAGUAACAAUGUAGAUGAUAAUGUAGAAGAAACCUCCACGCCAACAAUAGAAGAAGUCAAAGAACCCCCUCAGAAAAUAGUUCCUCAAGAAUUAAUCGACAAUUUCGUCUCAAUGGCAACAUGGGAAAACAUCUACGACGGAAUGUCGUAUCAUUGCGCCUACUCUUUACCCGCAGUAGUAUUGACUUUGGGCAAAGACAAUUGGCCUUUACUCAAAAAUACUGUUGACACAUUUAGCAGGCCACAUGUCCUAUAAAAUCCGAAGAACCGUAGCGAGUAGUCUACACGAAAUCGCCCUUAUUCUAGGACCUGAAAUUGCAACUGAAGACUUGGCACCACUGUUCGAAGGCUUUUUAAAAGACCUGGACGAAGUCCGCAUUGGAGUUUUGAAUAAUUUGUUUGAAUUUUGUUGAAUGUUAUUAUUAUUAAUUAUAUUAUUUUAUAUAAUAUAAUAAAAACAAAGAACUUGCAAGUGAACUAAAAUUUUCCAUUUUUUUUUUUUAAUUCGAUAGUUUAUAC